AGCCCAUCUGAUAAUCAUCAGAAACGGGCAUAUACUCGAAUGCCGUCGAUCAAAAUGUCCACCUUCAAACGUCCGCCGAAGAACAGGAGACAACGGGAUGAUGAUGAUAACGCUGGACGCGGGAAGAAGCGAAGACAGCCGCAGCAGGCAACGUUUGACAACUAUGACGAUGCGAUGGAAGCUGGAGUAGAUUCAGAGGAGAAGGGCGAAAAGUUCAGGACAGGUGACAAGGCGAGGAGGUUCUAUGAACAAGCCUUGGAGUUAUACCGAAAGGCCAUCCAAUAUGAGCGGACAUAUGAUGCACUAUACAACGAGGCACGCGUACUUUAUAUCCUGGCAACAAACCAUACCCUCCCACCGACCCCGUCCCAUUUCAACCUCCUCACCCAGUCCAUCGAGCUUUACCGAGCGGCAUUGACAUCAACUCCAGAGCCGUUACUGGAGUCUGACUCUGCCUACAAUUUAGCUAUCGGUUUGAUCGAACUUGCGGACAUCGCCGAAGACUUUCAAAUGCCCGGUACGGCCAGCGGAUCUCAUUUGCCGAUCUACCUGAACGAGGACCGGGUGCGGGAUAUCAGACUGGAAGCGAGGAGUCUUUUGGAAGACGUCGUCAAGGUGCAAGAGGGGUACAUCGCGUCUCAAGGAGGAGUCCAAGCUUUCGAAUCCGAUAUAUUAGGGGACGAGCCAGAUGCAGAUGGCGAUCAGGAAAUGGCUAUGUCUGGAUCAUCUACUUCCGGUGGUGCCGCUUCUUAUGAGGAACAUAUCCCUACACCGACUACCCUGACGGACGCAAUCUUGCUGAUCGUCGACGUCGACAUCUCCCUCCUGGGCGCACUGGAUCCCGAUGUGUCACCCGAGGUGUUAUCCAGCGAUUUUGCCGUAGGAACACUAGCGCACGCUUGGGCGGCACUGGCGAGAGCGAGGCAGGCGAAUGGGGAAACGCCUUCCGUGCCACUGGUCGUCAAGGAGAGCGAACUUGUCCUCAUUCUGAUCGGUCUCGGAAUGGAGAUCGACCUAAGCUCAGGAAGCAUCGUCGCGCCGACAUUGGCUGGUCAGGUCCGUCUUGUGCGACAAUGUCUAAAUAGGAUGAUCGCGUUGCAACAACUCGCUUCCUUCACGACGACCGAGGUCGAGGCCAAGUUAUCGUUCUAUGACACCUUGAUCGAACUGUACAAAACCUCGUCCCGAUUGGACGCUACCGAACACGCAGCAACCGCGUGGGAAGACCUAGGGAAAGCCGUCCAAGCAUGCACGGCCGCCUUGGAGCUCCCCUUCUCCGUGGUCACCAACCCUUUAUCUCGAGCUUCUCUAUCGCUAGAACUCGCUAGGGUCUCUUUGCGAAGAACUUUUCUCCCCCUCGUUGCGGUCGAGAAGAACCGAGGUACCUUGUUGAGGAAUGCAGAGACGUAUGCCAACCGGUGCCUGGUCGCUCUCUCCUGGGGAAGCAUGGCUACGCAACAGACCGGAGUGGGUCCGGGAUCGGGUACGUUGAGUAUUGGCUUGGGAAGUGGGGCGGCGACUGGCAAUGUCCCUCCCACGCAAGGGUGGGAUCACGAGAGGUUGGCGAGGACGGCGACUUUGACACUGUUGAGGAUACUGUGGAUCGGAUCGACUGGAUCGUCUACAUUAGGCGAGACGACGGCAGCCAUUCCGGCAACGAUGACGACGACGACGACGACAACAGCAAUGACAACAACAACAACAGCCAAAGCCGAAAAACUUCUACGGUCGGUCAAAUCGCUGGGAAAAGGGUUGGAGGAUCGCAAGAUCGGGAGGAUCGACGUGGAGCGGUUCGUAGAAGAGGUAGAGUUGGAGGAAGGCGCGCUGAGAGAAGGGGAAAUCGGAUUCUGGGAAGGUGUGGUCGUGGAGCUAGAGCGCGGGGCUUGACGGUCGAAGGCGAUUGUCGGGUUGAUCAAUAAUGUUUAGGUGAUGGACAGCGCACUAUGGAGCAACGGACGUCUCGAUUAUGUUCAUUGACAGAUUCUGUAGUUCUUUGUCCAUGCUGUUGUCCGUCAAAUCCUAAUCGAAUUUGGCACGACGAUCCCUGGAUCUUGUAGAUCAGCUAGAUCGAUGAUUCUUCCCAACGGCAGUCGUUUCUUCGGGAUGGCACGCUGCAGUCCAGCC